GUAGAAAAUCAUUUAAACUGGAUUCGUUCAGUUGCCUCUUCGCACGAUGACCACCUUCUAGCGUCUGGAUCUGAUGACCAGACUAUUCGACUUUGGGACUUGGCAACGGGCACACUAAAGCAUACUCUCGAAAGCCCCUCAGACUUGGUCUUUUCAGUGGCUUUCUCCUCUUUUGGUAAAAUCGCUCGGCUUUGGGAUCCAGCUACAGGCGUUCUGCAGCAGACUCUUGAGAUCCAUUCAGACGGCGUUCGCUCUGUUGCUUUUUUACUUGAUAGCCAGAUACUAGCUUCUAGAUCCUUUGAUCUGCCUGUCUACUUGUGGAAUUCGCUCACGGGCGCCUUGCAGAAAGUACUGGAGUCUAGGGGAAAGCAACCGACUGACCUGGAAUAUCUCAAGAUCCAGCCCUCGCCAGACACGACAGGCCCAAAUGAACCUGAUGACAAUAUGUUCUUUAUUGAAGACCAGUGGGUAGACUUUGCAGGUGAAUACGCACUUUGGCUACCCCCUAAAUAUCGACCCGACCCCUCAACAGGGAAAGGUAAUAGGCUUGCUUGGGGACACGCACCAGUGAGGGUCUCAAUCAUCGAAUUCUUACCUAGGACUGAAGGAAAUGAACAAUAG